AACAGUCACACUGACCCUUAACAAGCCAAUGAUAUGCCACGUGACAGCGCAUAAUAGCUUUCAUCAGUCUGGAGGUGGUUUCAAUGGUAUGACAGUAGCAUCAAGUCCCCUUACAAAGGAACCGUUCGCCUGGUAUAUACAGAUCUUUAAUGUAAAACGAUAACUUCUUCUUCCAAGAGAGUGGCGCCUCUUGUAUAUUUUGUGUGACAACAGCGAGUAAAUCUACCAGGAGAACCACACGAUUAAAAUGGCGUUCUACCAAACUCGGAUAAAACUCGGAAUAGGUUGUUCUGGAGAAAGUUGCUAUUUCUGGUGAACACUCAGGAUAUUGAACUAAAGCAGCUCUUCACGAUGUGGAAUACUGAAGAGAAGAAAAUGGAUCCCAAGGAGAUGGACACUUUAAAAAAGUCAUUGACCGACUUCGGUAACGAAACAACCAUCCAUGGACUUCAAUACAUCGUUAAUAAAACCAACUUCAUUUAUCGACUCUGUUGGUUGGUCAUUUUCUGUACCUUUGCAGUCAUCUUCUUCAUUCAAGGAAAUCUCAUCCUUCAGGACUUCUUGACCUGGCCGUACUCGACGAAGAUCGACAUCGUUGGACGGCCAAAUCUGGCAUUCCCUGCAGUGACCCUGUGUAAUGAAAACAUGAUGCGACGGUCGAAGAUUGGAGGUACUAGGUUCCAACCCCUCAUCGAUAUUGAUGGCGGGGUGGAAGGUUCGGACUAUGAUUACUCUUGGUUCUUUUCGUCAAUAUAUGCAAAUUAUGGAUGGGGGUAUAGUUCCUGGAAUGGAGGACAGAGCUCGUUCAGUGAAUCGGGGUCAUCAUCAUCGGAUUAUAAUCCGUCAUCUGAAGCGUCAUCUUCAGGAGGGUCAUCUGGAGGGUCAUCUUAUGGUCAUUCAAUCUCAAGACGGUCAUCUGGUCAGUCAUCAUCUUCAGGAGGGUCAUCAGUGGGGUCAUCUGAUGGUCAGUCAUCGUCUUCAGGAGGAUCAUCAGCAGGGUCAUCUUAUGGUCAGUCAUCGUCUUCAGGAGGAUCAUCAGCAGGGUCAUCUGUUGGUCAGUCAUCGUCUUCAGGAGGAUCAUCAGCAGGGUCAUCUGUUGGUCAGUCAUCGUCUUCAGGAGGAUCAUUAGGAGGGUCAUCUGAUGGCCAGAUCUCAUCCAGUUAUGGCGGCAGACAAUAUCCAGGGCCAGGAUUUUCAUCUUCCUACAACUCGUUCCCACCACCUAAUUGGGGGGAAACGUGGUCCUGGUACAACCCCUCAGACUAUUUUGAUUUUGAAUUUUCUGAUAACAACUGGGACGGGGUGACUAGUAGAGAAGAUUGGUCUGGCUUCUAUGAAGACUCAAAGGCAGACGACUACAGUGACUUCUUUGACGUCAUCAACCCGACAAAGGAGGAGCUGAUCGAGUAUGGCCACCAGAUAGAAGAUUUUAUCGUACAGUGUACUUUUGAUCGCCGCCCAUGUAAUAUGAGCCGAGAUUUCCGCGUAUGGCAGAAUCGUUACUAUGGAAACUGCUUCACCUUCAACUCUGGGAUCUCUCCUGAUGCAGAGGUAAUCCACACAGGCAAAACAGGAGGGCUUCAUGGUUUACAUCUGACGCUCUUUGUGGAACAACCAGAAUAUUUAGGUAUUCUGUCUCAUCAAACGGGGGCAAAGGUCGCCAUUCACCAUCCUACUGAGAAACCGUUUCCGGAAGACAUUGCUUUGUCUGUGCCCACUGGACAUUCAACGUCAAUUGGAAUGCGACAGGAAUUCAUCAAACGGUUAAGUGGCUACUACUCGAACUGUACCUACGACGGGACAAAUACCAACUUUACGUCCACCAAUGGAUAUAAGUAUUCCCCAGCAGCAUGUAAGAAGAUGUGUUACCAGCUCCAUCUCGGCGACUUAUGCGGGUGCGUAGAUGACCAGCUUCUUGACGGACACACGCACUGUGAUAUACUAAACAGAACUCAACAGGUCUGUCGAAAAAUUGUAGAAGAGAUGCACUUGGAUGACAAACUACGAUGCAGCUGUCCUUCUCCUUGCGAGGAAUUCAAAUACUUAAGGACGCCCUCAUCCUCCAUUUGGCCUUCUGAACGCUAUGAGGAACAUAUAUUCCGUCGGCUGAAUAUUACGAAUAAUGAAAUUCUCACACAUAUACUUCAGAGCAAUGAUUUAAGCAGAAAAAAUAUCCUUCGCUUGAAGAUCUUUUAUGAAGACUUGAACUACGAAGUAGUUGAAAUGGUCCCUGUGUACACAAUCCCGAGUCUUCUUGGUAGUGUCGGAGGUCUAAUGGGUCUCUACAUCGGAAUGUCAUUCAUCAGUGUCUUUGAAGUCCUCUUCCUCGUACUCCGAGUAAUCAAGAUUGGUCUCAUCAGAAUCCAUUCCCGCUUCAACCGAGUCCAGCCCCACACAGUUCAAAAUCUUUAGUGAAGAGGGCAUUACGCACACCUCAAAAUGUUGAAAGAUCAUGAGGGUCAGUAAAAAAAAAAUCAUGUGUACUUAGCACAGUCAUACCCACACUGUAAGAAAUAUCGGGUAACGUUUUUACCACCACGAGGGUAAUUAUGUGUCGAACCAAUUUCGGGCAGUAUUUUACCCAACGCGGGAAGCGUAUUGUCCUGUAAGGGUAAAAAAUAAGCACCAAUUAUUUUAGAAUGGGCAAAAUUUUCGUCACGCUUGAUAAAUAAAAACGCCCCAAAGAAAUGCCAAAUGUUGGUGGGACACAUAAUUACCCUCAUGAAGUACUUUUACCCAAUAUUUUUUUUUAGAGUGCAUUACCUAAUAGCAAGUGAGAAAUCAGUGCAUAUCAUACAUUUUGUCGAUAUUCUAGUGAGUAAUAGUAUAGGAAAUAGGGCAUUUUCGCAAACACUACGCAGACGUUUUUAUAAUGCAGAGAAUCCAUUGUCAAAAGCCCUUCAAUGACAAAAGAGCCUUUGUCGAAAAUCGGUGAAUCAAAACGGCAGUGUCAUCCUGCACUCUGAACAAACGACAUUUUAACAGUUUUCCGACCAAAUCUUCGGACGAUCUGUCGCUGUCCCGAUCCAUCGACUUUCGACACAAACCUCUCGAUCAGCUCUCCUUUGUGAUUUGACUUGCAUUUUAAAAGGUAUUGGUGCGCUGUAGAAAGACUCUGGGAAGCGAUUGCAAAAAU